UCUCCCCUGUCAAUCCUCCCUGCCUAACCUCCACACCUGCAUGGAGAAACGCCCCAUCCUUGUCUGCUUCCCAUUGGGCAAGAGGAGUAAGAGUGGGUCUCCGAUUGGGGCCGGGCUAUGUCACUCAGAGGUGCUGGUUUCCGGGUUUGGCGGUGACGCACCGCGGCCUCAGGAGCUCUCGUAGUAUGAGGCGGGUCACGCUGUUCGUCAAUGGCACCCCCAAGAAUGGGAAGGUGGUGGCUGUUUAUGGGACAUUAUCAGAUUUGCUGUCUGUGGCUAGUAAUAAGCUUGGAAUAAAAGCGACCAGUGUGUACAAUGGGAAAGGUGGACUCAUUGAUGAUAUCGCAUUGAUUAGGGAUGAUGAUGUUUUGUUUGUUUGUGAAGGGGAGCCAUUCAUAGAUCCUCAGACAGACGUAAAAUUUCAUGAAGAACUAACAGGGUCGCACACGGAUUGGUUAACACUAAAUGUUGGAGGCCGAUACUUUACAACUACACGGAGCACUUUAGUUAAUAAAGAACCUGACAGUAUGCUGGCCCAUAUGUUUAAAGAUAAAGAUGCCUGGGGGAAUAAGCAGGAUCACAGGGGAGCAUUCCUAAUUGAUCGCAGUCCAGAAUACUUCGAACCAAUUCUUAACUAUUUGCGUCAUGGGCAGCUCAUCGUAAACGAUGGCAUUAAUUUGCUAGGUGUUUUGGAAGAAGCCAGAUUUUUUGGUAUUGAUUCAUUGAUUGAACAUCUGGAAGUAGCUAUUAAGAAUUCUCAGCCAGCUGAGGAUCAUUCUCCUAUAUCCCGGAAGGAAUUUGUCCGAUUUCUGCUGGCAACCCCAACUAAGUCUGAACUGCGCUGUCAGGGUCUAAAUUUCAGUGGUGCAGAUCUCUCUCGGUUAGAUCUUCGAUACAUAAACUUCAAGAUGGCUAACUUAAGCCGCUGCAACCUCGCCCAUGCCAACCUUUGCUGUGCAAAUCUUGAACGAGCUGACCUCUCUGGAUCAGUGCUUGACUGCGCAAACCUACAAGGUGUAAAGAUGCUCUGUUCCAAUGCAGAAGGGGCAUCGCUGAAAGGAUGUAACUUUGAAGAUCCCUCCGGCCUUAAAGCUAACCUGGAAGGUGCUAACCUAAAAGGUGUUGACAUGGAAGGAAGUCAGAUGACAGGAAUUAAUCUAAGAGUGGCAACUUUAAAAAAUGCAAAGCUGAAAAACUGUAACCUUAGAGGAGCAACUCUGGCAGGAACUGACUUAGAAAAUUGUGACUUAUCGGGUUGUGAUCUACAGGAAGCCAACUUGAGAGGCUCUAACGUAAAAGGAGCUAUCUUUGAAGAGAUGCUGACGCCUUUACACAUGUCUCAGAGUGUCAGAUAGGACCUGGCACAGUUGACUGGAAGAAUACUUGCUGAAGAGGAAGAAAUGAAAACACUUAUCAUGAUUUUCUUUCUCCACCCACUCCCCUUAUAAUCCAGACAUACCAUUUAUUAGACGAUAAUUUAUAUCUUCAGUAGUGCCUAAGGAAACACCUCUGAUCACUUUUUGGGGGAGGGGGCUUUUAUUUAAUAGGUGUAGGAAUAGACAUUGUUGCUACCUUUUGAAUGGAGAUAGGGAAGUGGGCUAGUUUUAGAACCAGAAUGUUAUGUAUUUUUUUAAAUAGACUUAUUUUAGCAUCACCUCAUUUUGGAAUGCAUUUUUAGGAUUUUAAUUUAUAAAGCACAUAUAUGCAAUUAUAUUUAUUACAUUUGUAUCUGCAAUAUAAAUAUAUGAAAUGUUAGUCACUUACAAUAGCAGAAAUGUUCAGGUUUACAAUUAGCAUUAGUAUAGCCACAGUUUCUUUAUUCAUGCACAGCGUAUUAAAUGAUGAAUGUUGUGGGGAUAGAGUUCCCAAAACAUUUUUUCAGGUACUUUUUUUUUUGGAGCGGGGGAAGGAGGAGGGGAGAGAAAGGGGCAGACAGCAUUUAAAUAAGUCAUCACAGGUAACACGGCCUGGUAGUAGCUUGAAUUUAGGUAUGCAGUGGCUCAACCAACUUCUGAAAUAUACAGUGGAAGCAUCUUUGCAACUAUAUGUUCACUAGAAAAUCUUCAUGCACAGCAGAGCUUUGUUAUAAUUAGAACUUAAAGGAGCAUGUUCCAAGAUGCACACUACU